UCAAGCUUGAUCCUUCCUUUGCUCUUGUAGUCUGUGGCGAGUCUUCACAAGCAAAGGUCUUAGGCUACUUCAGUGCGCAAGAUUAUUACCAAUUUUGGAUAUAUUUCCCCAAAUAGAUUAUAUAUAAAUGCUCAAAGUAGAGCCUUAUUAUGUGGAAGUGGCUGUUUGCAUCCCUAGUUGUGUCUCAGUACGCAAACACAUUCACCUCAGCGGCUUUUGAAAAGUUCAAAGGCAGUGUGGGAUGUCCUCCUAUGCAGUUCCUGUGUAUGGACGGAGAGUGUAUCUCCGAGGAAAAACAUUGCAACGGACACCCGGAUUGUAUCGACGGAACUGAUGAACACAACUGCGACGUAAUAAGGUGUCUUGCGCCAAUGUACUUUGAGUGUGAUAACAACCGAUGCGUCAGUUCUUCGUUCGUCUGCGAUGAUGACAACGAUUGUGAAGACUGGUCCGAUGAAAAAAAUUGCAGCGAUCACAGUGCAGGAGAGAGAGUUGUAAGCACUUGCAGUCCUAGAGAGUUCCAGUGUUUAGAUAGGCUGUGCAUUCCUCAGAAUUGGGUUUGCGAUGGGAAGGCUGACUGUCUGGACUCCAGUGACGAAACCCUCGGCUGCAGCAAAAAUAUUACAUGUGAUGGUUUCAAGUGCAAGAAUCACUUUUGCAUCCCUCAAGAAUUUUACUGCGAUGGUGGAAAUGAUUGCGGUGACAAUUCCGAUGAAGAAAACUGCCCGCAAAGAGAAAUCACGAUGGAGGAGUGUUCGCUAGACAAGCGGUUGUUCUACUGCCACGACGGAGUGUUGUGUCUCGAGUUGUUUCAACUUUGCAACGGCAAAGAAGAAUGCCUGGAUGGAUCCGAUGAGGGCGGCCGCUGCAAUGAAACUGGCAUGUGUUCCAACUCCAGUUGUCCUCACGACUGUUACCCCUCACCCAACGGACCUCUCUGUGCAUGUCCUAAGGGAACGUUCAAUGAUGGACACACUUGCCAAGAUGUAAACGAGUGUGAGCAGUUUGGAAUUUGUGAUCACAAGUGUAAAAACUUCAAGGGAGGAUACCAGUGCUACUGUGAUCCCGGCUAUCAACUGCAACCAGACAAGAGGACCUGCAAAGCUGAAGGACCGGAAGGCCUGUUGCUGUUCUCGUCGCACAAACAGAUCCGAGCGUACUUCCUGACAUCGGAGGUGUACUACCCAGUGGCCAAGGACCUGUCGCAGGUGACUGGGGUGGCGUACGACGGAGAACAUGUCUACUGGACCAACGUCUACCAGGGUGAGGAGGCAAUCAUGAGGGCAGUGGAGGACGGCAGUCAGAAGGAGGUCGUCAUAACAGCAGGUCUCGGUACUCCAGAAGAUCUUGCGCUGGACUGGGUGACUAAGAACAUAUACUUCACAGACUCCAAGUUCCAACACUUAGGCGUCUGUUCCAACGAGGGAACAACGUGUACAGUCCUUCACAACCGCGACAUCGACAAACCUCGUGGCAUCUGUCUGUCACCGCUCCAAGGCCUGAUGUACUGGUCAGACUGGGGUAACCGGCCAUUAAUUGCUCGCUCUGGCAUGGACGGUUCAGAGGUCUUUGACUUUGUCACCAAAGACCUCCACUGGCCAAACGGCCUCACCAUCGACCACGGCAACGAGCGCCUCUAUUGGGUGGACGCCAAGCUUCUAGUCAUUGAAUCCAUUAAGCUUGACGGAACUGAUAGAAGGGUGGUUUUGUCGGAGGCUAUCAAGCACCCGUACGCAGUGGCUGUGUUUGAGAGCAACAUCUACUGGAGUGACUGGACUGGUCAGGAGAUACUCAGAUGUAACAAGUUCACUGGCAAGGACAGACACACUGUGAUACGAGAGAAAAACAACCGCAUCUUCGGCGUUCACAUAUAUCACCCAGCUAUGAUGAACACUACUGUACGCAACCCGUGCAUAGACGCAGGCUGUAGUGACUUGUGUCUGCUGGCGCCCAAGUCCCAGCGCCGCGGCUACACCUGCCAUUGUCCCCAAAACAAGCUGUUGGCGCCCAACAAUCACGCCUGCGAGCAAGUACUCAAGAGCCUGUCCCUGGUGGUAGGUGCCGGCAACACUCUCAUGGAAGUGGAACAUCAACACCUGGGUCGACUAUCGGCAACGCCCCUUCCCCUCCGCGAUGUCUACAAGAUCGGGGCCAUUGCCUACAACGCCUUCAAUGGUCACAUCGUCAUCUUUGACUCGGCAGACAAGAAGAUUGUCUCUCUGGACCGUAUGUCAGGUGAAACUACGGUGCUGCUGUCUAGUGACCUGGGCAAGGUGGAGGGGAUGGACGUUGACCCGUAUGGUCACAACCUCUAUUGGGCCGACUCCGAGAGACAGACUGUUGAAGUGUUCUCUCUUAACACGCAUGAACGCAAGGUGUUACUGAGGGACCUCGGCGGAGAAAGUCCUGUGGGCAUCACACUGGUGCCUGAUCAAGGGUUCAUGUUCGUGGCACUCAUGGGUCCCAAGGUCGUGCACAUUGACAGGUUCAGUAUGGACGGAGAGCAGAAGACCCAUGUACACAUCGCAGAGAACAACGUGCUCGGACCGAAUGUGGCCCUCACCUACGACAAGGGCUUGAACUACGUCUUCUGGUCGGACUCAGGGACCGGACACAUUGAGGCUGUGGACGUCGAAGGUAUGAAACGAAUCAAGAUUCGAGAGCUGUACAACUCACCGAUGGAUAUAGCUGUGGUUGCGGAUGAUAUAUUUUGGACCAAUCAUGGAUCAGCAAAUUUGCUUUGGGUAAACAAGUACGAUGAUGACGCGGACAGCAGCAAACAGCUCAAGUUGGACUUUACCCACGGGCUCGAGUCUGUGAGGUUGGCAGCAGUGACUGGCCUAGUGUCUGGGAAUGAUCAUCCUUGCCAAAAGAACAACGGAGGCUGCAGUCACAUCUGUCUCUUGAAGCCCAACAAACAGGUGUGUGCUUGUCCCUUUGGCAUGGUACUGACUGAGGACAGCCGCACAUGUGAGAUGCCCAAGCAUUGUCAGGUGGGACAGUACCGCUGUACCUCAGGAGAAUGCAUCUCAGUGGCUCUACGAUGCAACCAUCGCGUCGACUGUCAUAGCGGGGACGAUGAGCUCAACUGUAAGACGUUCACUCUGCAGUGCACUCGAGGAACCUUCUCUUGUCACAACGGGGAGAAAUGUCUCGACCAUGAGAAACGCUGCGAUGGCACGACAGAUUGUCAAGACGGAUCUGACGAAGUCAACUGCUUCACUGAGUCCAGUACUUGCAAACCUGGUGAGUUCCAAUGCAAGAGUGGCCCCUGCAUCCCAAUGUCCUGGAGGUGUGACGAUACCAAAGACUGUGAAGAUGAGUCUGAUGAGCUACAAUGUGAUAAAACAACUUGUCACCCGGAGAAAGAAUUCAGAUGUACGAGCGGUACUUGUAUCCCCUCAAGCUGGGAGUGCGACGGCCAACCAGACUGUAGCGACGCGUCAGACGAACAUGACAUUUGUGUAACCCAGAGCAGCUGUGCGCCUGAUCAGCUGGUGUGCAACAAUGGCCGCUGUGUAGAUCGUCAGUUGAUCUGCGAUGGACGGGACGACUGUGAGGAUGGGACAGACGAGACAGACUGUCGCGGAGCCACAGCUUUGGCCGAGGAGGAGGGUCAGGUCCCUCGACAUAUUGAUGAGACCACCUCGCCGUCUCAGCGGCUACAGUGCAACGACACGGAGUUUGUGUGUGACAUCUGCCUACCUUCUACUGCCAGAUGCAAUGGGACGGCAGAAUGUCUCCGGGGAGAGGAUGAGACAGGAUGUGACGGAUGUCUGGAGCACCAAUUCCAGUGUCCGGAGACUGGCCGAUGUAUCCCGCAGGAGUGGACGUGCGACAGAGCCAACGACUGCGGUGACAACUCAGACGAGGACCCUUCACUGUGUCAGCAUCGCGGCAUUGCUAACAAAGCCCUCGGUCACGGUAUAUCUGAGUGCCUUGAGUUCACAUGUAAGAAUAAGAAGUGUUUGCCAUUCAUCAAAGUGUGUGACGGCAAAGCAGAUUGUGAGGACGGAAGUGACGAAGGAGGCAGAUGUGGUCGAGGUUGUGCUGAUGCUGGGUGUAUGGACAAAUGUCAAGAGACACCCAGCGGCCCCAAGUGUGCAUGCUUCCACGGCUAUCAGCUGAGCGGUGACAGCAAGAGCUGCACAGAUGUUGACGAGUGUGCGCUCGGCAUCUACUGCUCUCAGUUCUGCCACAACACACCCGGCAGCUUCUCCUGCAGCUGUCAAUACCCUGACUACCAACUACGUGAAAACCGCAUGACCUGCAAAGCCAAGGGUCACGAAAUGGCUCUUGUGUUUGCUACCAACAACGAGAUACGCUACGUGACACAGACACGAUCAAAACUUGGGGUGAUUCAUAAAUCUCAAACACGGAACUUUCAAGUCUCAGGACUGGACGUUGACUCUCGGAGACGCUGCAUUUACUGGAGUUCAGCAACAGUGGGGACUAUCACACGCAGUUGCAACAAGAACGAGACAUCGAUGACAUCACUGGUGAGACCAGGCAAGCUGGCUGUGGAUUGGGCAACUGAAAACGUGUAUUUUGUGGAGAGGGAUCACAUAGUGAAGGUGUGCAACUUCAACGUAGGCAAGUGUUCCAUCGUCGUCAAAGCAGCUCCUGAAGUCACCAUAGACACACUUGCUGUUGAUCCUACCAAGAAGUUGAUGUUCUGGACGGAGAGCAUGGGGCUAGGAGAGGUGAAGAGUGUGUUGAAGCGAGCAGACAUGUCAGGAGCCGCAGUGUCUAUAGUGUUGGGUGAGGGACUCCACCGAGUGACCGAUAUUGUACUGGACCCUCUACAUCAGCUGGUCUACUGGCUCGAUGCAGACAAGCGCGAGGUUGAGCGCAUCUCCUACAACGGCACCAACAGACAAAGCCUCUUUGCCUCCCCGGAUACGCCAAUGAAACUGGCUUUGUUUGAACACUACGUGAUGUGGCUAGUGGAGGCUCGGUCCACAGUACGUCGCCAACACCUCGAUACGUACGGCAACGUGUGGCAGUGCGCGGUGAGUGGCCCGACUGCAUGGCGCUGUGAUGUCAUCCGCGUGGACGCCACGGCUCCUGCCAUGUUCACCGUCAUGCAGGAGGCCAACCAAGAGCUGGUCCAGAGUGAGUGCAGUUCUUGUUCACAUCUGUGUGUGACGGGUCCCACCUGUCUAUGUGCUAAUGGCACACGUGUCAAGCCUGGCCAGGAAUGCCCCUCGAUGUCCGUCGGGUCACCCGUCUUCAUCACCAAGGUUCCUGCUGACUCUUCUUCUCCGAGUUUGCUUUGGACACUGUUCAAGAUCACGUUGCUAACCUGCAUAAUCAUUCCCAUCGCACUUGCGCUGUUUGUGCUGCGUUACGACAUCAUGGCUUUGCUUCAUUCCUGCAUCAGUGCUACUAUCAACGCUACCAGCAAGCCAGUCUUCUCAAACAUCCACUUCAACAACCCAGCGUACAACGUCAGUGCCAGCCAUUUGGAGACAGUGUUUCAUCACUCGAGGCUGACUCCUGGGGAACAUCAGUACGAGAACCCCAUCACCUCGGACAAUAUUUCAGACGGAACACAGAGUACAAUCACAAAUGAAAUCAACGAAACCAAGAAACCAAAGGUCAUAGAGUUCCAUGUCACUGACUUUGUCGAUGGCGAUUCUGCGAGCCUUGAAUAUUCAGAAGCCAUCGGAGAAUCUCACAAAACUCCACUCAUAAGAUAAAAUUCAGCUACAACUGUUAUACAUUGUUGUUUGUUAUAUUUAUAGAGAUAUUUAUUUAUUUUUAAGUUUUACAUUUUAGCGUGAAACUAUUUUAAGAUAUUGUAAAAUUUGCAAGUAGUACCUAUAUAUUUUGUGUCAGAUGUUUAGUGUAGUGUAUGACUAGUGAGAUUGUGGACAUACUAGACGAAUCGUGAUGCACUAUCUGACCGCGUUUAUCUGAUCUCUGUGAUAUAAGAAUGCAUUCUCUUUUUAAGCUUAGAAGAUUAAGAAAAUAAUACUCUUGGAAGUAAACUGAGCUUGAACCAAUUAACUUAAAUUUAUGACAUAAUUUUUUAACAUGUCAAAAAGACAAUGCCUAUCUUGAAAAGACUAAAACUAAUUUUGCAGCCCUUUCCUAUACUGACAGUCAGAUAUUAUCCUUUCAUAGUUAUUUUUUAGGAAACAAUCUAAUAAUAUCUUUUCUCUAUUAUUUCUUUUUGGACAUUAUGAUGGUAACAAACACCUAAUGGAAUGUUUGUUCAAUAAUUCCAGCGCUCAUCAUAUACAUAACAGAUUAUCAGUUAUUUUAAAAUAUUUUAAAUUGAGUGUAAUGCAUUUUAUACGGGUCUCUUGCUUGAUUCUUCACAACUAAAAGACUGUAAAAAUUGAUAUAACAACUAAUAAGUGAUUUGUAAAAUGACAAAUACAAUGUGAAGACUGAAUAUUAUUAUAAUUUAUAGAUAUGUAUAUUUUAAGGUAUAUUUAAGUGUAUAUUUAAGAAUAUUUUGUAAAUGUCAAUACAAUUG